AUGAUGAUUGCAGCGUCGUUCCAGAGGCACCUGUCAAGCCGCCUUGCUGCUGCUGCUGCCUACAGCAGCAGCAGCAGCAGCAGCAGCAGCAGUCAUCACAUCGCCUGUUUCUCCUCAGCCGCUGCUGCAGCAGCAGGACCGACUGUUUCAAAAAUUGGAGGAUAUGAGGUGAAGACCCACACCUUCGACGCCGUCGUUGUGGGCGCUGGGGGCGCCGGCCUGCGCGCGGCAUUUGGGGAGGCUUCCCAAGGGCUGCGGACUGCAUGCAUCAGCAAACUAUUCCCCACUCGCUCCCACACGGUGGCGGCCCAGGGCGGCAUCAACGCUGCCCUCGGCAACAUGUGUGAGGACGACUGGCGGUGGCAUGCCUUCGACACUGUGAAGGGCUCGGACUGGCUGGGAGACCAGGACUUGGAGUUUGUUCAGUUCCACCCCACUGGCAUUUUCCCCGCGGGCUGCCUGAUUACCGAGGGCUGCAGAGGAGAAGGAGGCAUCCUUCGCAACAGCGAGGGAGAAGCCUUUAUGGCUCGUUACGCUCCGACGGCAAAGGACUUGGCUAGUCGAGACGUGGUCUCGCGCUCGAUGACGAUAGAAAUCCGCGAAGGGCGCGGCUGCGGGCCCCGCAAAGACCACUGCCACCUCGACCUCACUCACCUCGACCCCGAAACCCUCCAUUCGCGGCUGCCGGGCAUUACCGAAACAGCCAAGAUCUUUGCAGGAGUGGAUGUGACGAAGCAGCCAAUUCCAGUGCUGCCAACAGUGCAUUAUAACAUGGGGGGAAUUCCCACAAACUGGCGCUCAGAAGUCAUUCACUGCGUCAAGGGCAAGGGCCGCAUGGCGGAAGAGUGCGUGUUGGAGGGCCUCUACGCAGCAGGCGAAGCUGCAUGCGCUUCUGUUCACGGGGCCAACAGACUGGGGGCCAAUUCGCUGCUGGACUUGGUGGUUUUUGGCAAACAAGCUGCUGAUGUUAUUUCGGAAAAAGUCAAAAAGUGCGCUGCGCCCAGGCGCCUGCGGCGGAGGGAACGACAGCAGCGCCGCACAGGCGACGCGCGCUAG